AUGCAAGCUGAACAAUCGAAAAAAGUUGGAUGUUUUAUUAAGAAAUUUAUGACUGAUCAGAAUAUUGUGCCCGUGGUUGAACAAGCAAUGGCUGAUCAAAUUUUGGAAGGCCAGGAAGUGAUGGUGGAAGUGCUCAAUACUAUUGGUGAAAUUACAAUUGAAGAAAACCUUACACGUUUAGCGAAAAUUUUCGCAAAUAUUUGUAUUAGUGAAAAUAAUUUACGUACAAUCGAAGAACAAUUAAAAGAAAAUCUAAAUGAAUCCAAUGCAAAAAAAUUAUUUGCAAAACAAAUAUUAAAGGAAAUUCAUCAUGUCAUCCAAGCGAAUAGUUGUAUUUCAUUCGAUAAUGAUUUCUUGAAGCAUGUAAUUCAUCUAUUAUGGUUCAUCGUGGAAUAA